UGAAGGAUGGCACCCACACAUUGAAUCGUUUUUUGAUAAUCAAUACCUUACCCAAGACUGGCUCGACAAAAUCCAAGAAAGCCGCAAUGUCCACGUACAACUCCACUCGACUUCGUCAAUCAUCCUCCAGCUCCACCUCGGAACCACUCGAUCCUACUACCCUAGCCAUCUCGCUCAUCCCGCUCUUACCCCCUCAUAUCUCUCGAGAAUCUACUGAUCAUCAAUUCUUCUCGCCUAUCACCUUACCAGUCCUUGCCGCCAGUCUUUCAACUCUGCCCCAUAACGUCAUCAAUGCUAUUAACUUCUUGGCUCAGGAAUUAAAAUCACUUAGAGAACAACAAGUACUUGGUGUUGGCGGUUCGAGUAAUCCCCGUGCAUCUCCUUUGCCAAGUCCUGAUGGAGGAAACCCAGAAAGAGAAAACCGGGAAAGAUGGCUAGAAAAUCAAAAGGUAAAUCACUUGAAGAAGUCCAUCUCAUCGCUGACCAACCUACAAACGACACUGCAAUCUCGUCUGCUCACCACAGUGGACACGCUCUCAGACCUCCAAGCGACUCAUCGACGCGAAACCCAGCAACUGACCGAUGAACGUGAUGGAGUCAGGGCCGUCAACCAGGUCAUGAAGCGAAAGAUCGCGAUGCUGGAGAAACAGUUACGAGAGAGUAAAGAGGUCAUGGAGUCUGUCCUGGAGCGUGUCGAUGUUGUCAAUAAGGGGGAUUGGUCAAUCAUUGAACAUGGCGCCAUCCAAGUUUUUUCCCCUCUCCCAUCACCCUCACACUGUUCGGAUCAAGCAGCCGGACAGGACCAUAGCCUUAUCAGCGAAGAUCUGUGCACAUUUCAUCUCCAAUGUCAGGCGGACAAUCCGAGCCAGAUACCGCAUCUCCUCUCGCCCACAUCGGCGCAGGAAGGAGCGCGAUUAUCACGGAGCACCGGCUCAGAGUCCCACCGGAACAACCAACGCUCGAUCACGUUGAUUGCCGAGCUUACCGAAGAACUCGAAUCGCUGAGACGCGAGAUCAAGCUCGAACUCAAGCUCAAACACGACGAAAUCAACCGUCUGAAGAGCUUGAUCGACUAUCGGGACGACGAAAUCAGACAGCUCAUGGCCCGCUUGGAACACUUCAUGGGGCUCGAUGGCUUCUAUGUUCGUAGUCCAUACGCUGAAGAAGACCAAACCGGAAGGACUGAGCCCUCCUCUCAGACGCUCAACAAUCCAAUGGCAGACUUGGAAGCUACCCCACGCCAAAAGAUGGACCGAUCGCAAAGAAGCCAAUCGAACCAAGCACACCCAUUCAACAAGCCUAACGAGCCGAUGAUUCGUGAGAAUCAGUCGAAUGAACAACGCGAGCUGGAGGAGGAGAUCAGACAGCUGGAAAACCAGCUGAAAGAGGUCACUCAGAAUAGCCAGUUCUCGUCCCCGAUGGACGACCGAUCUGCGCGUCCUACUGGCAUACUUGACGACUUGCAUGGCCAAUCGGCCGCUGGAAAUGAUAGGUCUUCCGUCAUCUCUGUCAACACCUCCGAUGAUCGGGCAUUUUCGCGAGUCUUGGGUGACCUUUCGAACCAAAUAGCUGACCUCAAGUCUGCCCUGAAAGAAGCCUGUCGGGAGCGAGACGCGUUGAGACGCUUCCGCGUCCGUAUGAAAAACCGGCGCUCAUCCGCCUCCACAUCCUCUUCCGAGACCGAUCCCGCUGAAAGCUCAUGUGGACCCGAGACGACACGGUCAUUGGCAAGCUCUCUAGAACGCUCGAGGUUCGAAUGUACCAGAUUGAACCGGUUGUUGGCCCAAUCGCAGUCUAGGAUCUCCGAACUUGAACGCCAGAUGGUCGAACAGGAAUCCGAAUUCGAAAGGGUUGCUGAACGGGUACAGGAUAAACUUAAAGACCAACGCUCCAAGAUGUUACAAGCCCAGACGCAGAUCGAGCGAUUACAGGGUGAGUUAGAAGAAGCGCGAUUGACGGAGCGCAGGAUGAAGCAAGAGCUAGCGGAGGAGCGGCGACAUGGACAAGAGCUACUCAGUGUCUCUGAGCGCCGGAAGAAGAAGCAGCCAUCUCAAGAGCGACUUGCGCGUAGGGAAGCCAAGUCGGCUGCUCAGGAGAGCAGCGAUGUCGUUAGCUCUUCUUCCGCUGCCUCGGGAUCCUCGUCUAAACGUCUCGCUGGAAUUAAGGAUCCUUUCAAUUGAUCGAUCGGCCCAUUGUCCUCAUCUUAUCACGGGAUUUUUUUUUCUUUUGGUCCUUCUCAUCAUCAUCACCAUCCUCAUCCUCAUCCUCAUCAUGUUCGUUGACUUGUUUGCUUGUAAUUUUGUUUUCUAUCUUCCUCGAUAAACACAACCAUAUUUUUUUACUAUUUAUCAUUUAUUUAUUUAUCCAUUGGUGUUUGUGUUUGUGUGUGAGUUUAUUUUUUUCUAUCUUCAACAUUUACACCACCCAGCUUGUAAUACACAUUGUUUUUCUAUUUACAUGCAUCAUGCUGAAGGAAAAGAGAUCCCAAGGGAUACGUUUCAGAAGCACCAUCCGUAAUGAUAUCUCACAUUAUGCUUUUG